AUGGCGAACGAGUCUAAUCGUUCAUUCGUUUUAAAAGGUGUGGAAAGUACUGCUUUCGAAGAGAGGAAGAUCCCCGAAAUUGGAGCGCACGAUGUCCUUGUUGAGGUGAAGAAGACAGGCAUAUGCGGAAGUGACAUCCACUACCUUGCCCACGGAAGGAUUGGCGACUUCGUAGUUAAGGAACCCAUGGUCUUAGGUCAUGAGUCCGCGGGAAUCGUUGUUGCAACAGGCUCCUUGGUCAAAGAUUUGAAGGUGGGAGCUAAGGUUGCCCUCGAGCCUGGCCGCUCUUGCACCCGCUGCGAAUCCUGCAAAUCGGGGAGGUACCAGCUUUGUCCAGACAUGAUAUUUGCUGCGACGCCGCCCUAUGACGGAACUCUUGCUAGAUACUACUCACUACCUGCGGAUUUGGCUUAUGAGCUGCCUGCUAAUAUGUCUCUUGAGGAAGGCGCUCUAAUGGAGCCCCUCUCGGUUGGUAUACACAGUGUUUCCACCCUGGGCCAAUUCCAUUCCAACCAGUCGAUAGCCGUAUUCGGUGCAGGUCCUGUCGGCCUACUGUGUAUGGCGGUCGCGAGAGCUUUGGGCGCGAAGAGAGUUAUAGGCAUUGAUAUUGUCAAGGAACGACUUGCCUUUGCUACUUCGUACGCUGCCACAGACGUAUUUCUCCCUCCUAAGCCUGAAGAGGGAGAGAACAAGAUAGAUUAUUCUAGACGAGUAACAGACCUGUUGGCGAAAGGUUUGGAUAUUGAACAGCGUGGUCCGAAAGCAAUCGAUCUUGUGAUCGAUGCCAGUGGCGCAGAGGCAUGCAUUCGAAUGGGUAUCUACCUUGUUAAGUAUGGAGGGACUCAUAUCCAGGUUGGAAUGGGCUCACCCGAGAUUGUCCUCCCCAUCACAACGUUAAUUGCGAAGGAGCUCAGAGUCUUAGGCUCUUUCCGGUAUGGCCCCGGUGACUAUAACCUCGCCAUUUCCCUUGUUGCUCAAGGCAAGAUUGACGUAAAGUCUCUCAUAACACACGAAUAUCCAUUUGAGAAGGCAGAUGAAGCGUUUGCCACCACUCGCGCCGGAAAGGGUGCAGAUGGCAAAGGCGUAAUUAAAGCCGUGAUCAAUGGGCCUAAGUAAUGAAUAAAACAAAGCGCAGGCGCUUUUCCAAGCUACGCUAGGCGCUAAAUGCAUGUCAUUCAGUCAUAAUCCCCGUCAUGCUGCUCAUCUCGAAUUCCGCCCGAUAUCCGUCCACGUACCGAGUUGGACUUCGAUUCAGGCAAAGAAAUAACUCCUGUUGACACUCAUGAUCAAUAGCAAGUUUCAUACACAAAAUGUUUGCGUACCUGACUGCACGAGACGUAGUUCAAGGACAGAAGUAGUGAAUGAAUCAUCAUUCCCCAGCUCGUCAAAGCCUAUCAACCUC